AUGGUCAGUAAACCUGAAAGCAACGAAACUGCCACCGAUAAGAAGCGCCGCAAGACGAGCAAUUCUAACGCCACGGAUAAUUCUUCAACGAGUGCUAAAAUUUCGAAGGAGGAUGUUUACAUGAACACGAUCGCCUUUGAAGAACAGGAGGCCAGCAAACGUUCGCCGGUUAAAGAUGCCAACCUUUUCCAUGCAACUUGCGACGAACUGAGAGCAAUAUUUGCGGACAUUGCUAGGCUGAAGUCAGAUAACUCGGAUGAUGCCAAGAUGAAAAUUGCUGACAAACGCAUCGAAGGAUCGUUGGCGUUUGUGCUGUUAAAAAAGCUAAACCGUCUCGACAAGGUGCGCAUUCGCGAGGGCCGUGAGGCGUUACACAAAGAGAAACUGCGCGUGGACAGCAAUCGACUACAGCUGCAAAACUUACUGUACGAAGCAGAACAUUUGAAACGUGAAGUGCAGCGAUGCUUCAUGUUUAAGAGUCAAGAUGAAGAGAUCGAACUGGUACCGGUGGAAGAGUUUUAUGCACAGGCUCCAGCAUCGGUGUCCCGGCCAGAGAGCACGAAGACAGACGAACAUGCUCGCCGCAUUGCUAGGUUGGAAUGGGAACUUCGACAACGCAAGGAGCUUCAUGCGCAUUUGAAAGAACUUUUAACUUUGAAACAAGCCGUUGAAAAAGAUAUAAUCGCCAAAACUGCGCGUCUGGAUUCGUUGGGACCUAGAUUGAGAGAUUUAUUAAUCGCAACUAGACCACUGCAGGAAGCACUCGAAAUGCCUAUCGAGAAAGGCUGGAAGAUACGCAAAACGGUUCGAUUACUGCCACAACCGUUAUAUCUUCUCUAUGCGAAUGUUACUGCUUAUGGAGAGGCUUGCGAUAAUUUUCUCGCGACAUCGAUACAAGGUGACGAAGAGGAAGCAAAACAAAUGGCUGCCGCUGUAAACUCGUACGAAGCGGAAAUCCACUGCGGUAGCAGCAGCCAUUCGGGUAACCAUUCUCGCGACCGCGCUGAUUCGGACAAUGACGAAAAUGAGCACGAGGUAGACCGGGGCAUGAAAAAACGCCAUCAUCGAGGACACAUGAAACCCAAUCUGGAUGAACAGCGGCGCGAAAAAUUGUUCAAACCACAUCCUCUUAGCGUAACGAUAACGAUACGCGCAAAGGAUUGCCCUGCGGAAUUGGCCGCCGAUCAUCUUCCUGGGCCAGGACUUUUAUUAACUUUCUCGUACUUGCCAAACAUGCAAGUAGUAACAGUGAACAUUGCUCUGUUAGAUUUGCAUUCGUCCGGUGUAGCAGCCGGCGACGUUCUGUCCACCGAAAGCGUACUGAAUGAAUUGUUUCGCGGCGAUAAAGGCGAAGAAUGUCCGAAUCCGAAGAUACAAUACCAACUGCAAGAUCUUUCAAUCCAAAUCAAUCAGUUGAUGCGCAUUUUAAAGGACAAGGAACUUGGCAAACCGUUCCUUUGGGCACAGAAACUUUGCGGACUGGAGCACACUUCGGCUGCGUACACAUGUAUUAGCUCUGAUACUGGAAAUGAACCUCUCGAUGUGGCUGAUAAGCUGCACGAAAAGAUCCCAUGUAUUGUACGUGCGGUCCGAUCACGGUGGGAGGCACGGCUAAAGCUGUACAAGCAGAUCCACGAUCUAGAGAGCAAAAUGAUCGAUACAUCGAUCAAUGAUGAACGUGGUCAUCCGAUACGCAUCUCCAGCACAGUGCUGCAGUGGAGUUCCAUAUCUUUCGAGGAUUACGUCUCGUCGGGGGUAGCAAAAAUGUUCCUGGAAGACGCGAUGGCCACCGCUAGUGAUCUCUAUUUCCGAGCGAUAGUCAUCCGGGGCUCGGCUAAACUUGAGUGCUACAUUUGUGUACCUUGCCGCUUCCCGGACAAUUCACCGUUGUGGUCUUUUUCAUUAAACUGGAACGGGAAGCAUACAGCAUCGUGCAACAGCUCAGUGCGAGAAAUGGAGUAUUGGUGCAACAGUUUAUCAGCAGCAGAUCACUUGUUCGAUAUAUUGCCGAAGCAAUUGAAACGAGCCAUGUCUUGCUUCGACAUCUACCUGGAAACUGAAGGGCCCUACUACACCCCAGCCGAGUUCACACAAGAUAAAAGCUUCCUAAAACCGUUUCGUGGACGUACCAGGGCUCAACCUUUUAGAAUUGCACCAAACGGAAGCAGUUCUUUGUUUACUCAAAUUUAA